AUGUCGCUCUCCCCUAGAGUGCUGGCCCCUCGGCUACGGCAUCUCGGCCGUGCCGUCCCCGCCCGGCGAUGUUUCAUUGCGACACCCAGGCGAGACGACGACAAGAAGUGGCCGCAGCGCACGCCGAUAGGCGAGUACUACGAAAGCAUAGCAAACUACCCGAUACCGUACGGGUCGACCAAGAAGCCCGAAGCGCCGACCAGCUCCACAGACCCCAAGGCUCUCUCGGUUGAAGGGAAGCCGGCUACCGACGAGAGGAUAGAUACACCAGCGCCCAAGACGGCCGCACCUGCAGAUCAUGCGCCGGCCAGACCGAAGCCGAAACGGAAGCUGCGCAUAUCGUCAAAGGCAAAGCUUUCCAGGCCCACAGCAGAAGUCGCCGACACCACGGGCGACAAGGCCUCCCCCAAGGCAGCAGCAGCAGCAGCACCGCCGCCGCCUACGCCAGAGCCCGAGCGCGAAAAGACGCCCGAGGAAAAAGCCCGUAUAAUCUUCGGAACGCGUCUCGCCGGCCCCGAAGACCGCGCAGCCCACUUCGCCACGCGCAAGAACCGGUCGACCACCAUCGCCGGGGUCGUGGUACCGCCCGAGCCCGAGGAACCCGACAACUGCUGCAUGAGCGGGUGCGUCAAUUGCGUGUGGGAGAUGUACCGCGAGGAUAUGGAGGAGUACCGGGCCGCCAAGUCCGAGGCGGACAGGCGCCUGGCGGCCCAGAAGCAGCAGGAGUCGGGCUCAAUGGAUGAUGACGGCGGUGGCUCGGAGUCCAACUGGGCUGAGCCAUCGCCUCAAGCGGUCGAAAUUAACGGCAAAGCCAAGAUAUCCAACGACAUGUGGGAUGACGACCUAUUCCACAAUGUUCCCGUCGGUAUCAGGGAGUUCAUGAAGCAGGAGAAGAAGCUGAGGGAGAAGCACGAGAGGGAAGGUCGAGCAUGA